CCCCGACGACGAAUUGAGCUAUCCUAUACUUGUGUGAGGCACUUGUAUAGUUUAGCAGAGACGACCCGUUACACUCUACUUCAACACGUUUGCCGAACUUACCAUCACACCAUAAAAUCUUACCACCUCGCCCCUUGCAAGUCUGUCUUCGCUAUCAACUCCACCUCCACAUUUGCAGCAACGAUGCAUAGCCUUAAAAAGCAAGCCAUACUCUGGCUGCCGACUGUGGCCUUCUUCACGACAGCCCUCUAUCGUGUCCUCGCCCUCUACCUACAUUCGCCGCUAGGCCGCGUCUACCGGAGGUUCACCGAGUCACCAACUCUCUCGUUAUGGAUCCCCAUCCUACUCCUACAAAUCUACACCCUGCUGCAAUGCGGAAACCAGCCAGCAAAACUCGAGGCCGCAAUGUUCUGGUCGCUGCUUCUCACACCCCUUGCAAUACGAUGUCUCACGCUGCUUUUAGCCUUGUGCAGUAGCGAGCCCUAUGAUGACGCGAUGUGGCCGUUGGUGCCUAUAUUCUCCAACUCUCCUGGUAAGCCUGCCGCCAUUAGCAUCAUAUGCGACUGGCUACUUUGGGACCGGGUUUAUCUGGGGAGAUACCAAGAUUACUGCUAUGAUGAGGCCUCAAGAUCGGUAACAGACGUCGAUGGCGCUGUUCUGCACCGCUUCAAGCCCGACCAAAACCCGAUCUACUUCCCGUGGAGGGACCUGACUGUGCGCCUGGGAUAUAUUCAUGUUAUCGACAACUUCCUCCACGUCAUCUGGUUGCGUUAUUUCUACGCCGAUGGUCCGUAUACGGCGCACAUCAAUAACUCAGAGCUUUUCACUGUGCUGUUGGUCGUACAGGUGGCUGUAUACAGCUAUGCAAGACGGUGCACAUGUGUCAAGCUUCACGACGACGUCGAAGCAGGCGGAGCAGAUGAUGAGAAGGGCGACGUGUAGGAUGUUGUCCGAAAGGAAAUCGCGAUCCGGGCCCAAGAUUGAUCCAGGACGCACGGCGUACAUC